AUGAAAAAGGAAAAGAAAGAAGAAAACGAAAAGUUAGUUUCCAUCACCAUAAAUUUGGAGUCACAAAGGCAAAAGGAAAAUAAAGUUCUAACACGUUUUGCAUUGAGGGAAAUCUACAUUGUAGAUGUUGUAUACGCAAGAGUUAAUCACAAAGAUACAUCAGUGUGGUUUGGAAAAGGAUUGACGAAGUGA